AUGUUGAGGAAAUUAAAUAAUUUAUAUUUCUCAGUCGUUACUAAAAUUUCAAGGCAACCAUAAUCUGGUCUUUUUAAAUAUUUUGCAAUUAUAAAAAAAGUUUUGUCAUCAUAAGUAUUUUCAAUUAUUUUUAAAAUGAUAUAUUUAUUUGUUUACAUGAAUUAUUUAAUUUCCUUUUUAAUUUACUCUUGUAACAUAGGUAAGAAAUUUCCCUUUUCGAAUGCAGAGUUUAUUAUUUUAUUUGCUUAAUCACUAAGCAUUUCAACAUCUUAGACAUCUUGUUUGAUUUAGUUCAAAUUAGAGAUUGAUUCAUUAGAUACUGAAGGAGCAGUAUGA